AUGGCGGGCGUGCUGCUGACUGCCCUUCUGGCUCUAGUCUCUGUGCCCAGGGCCCAGGCAUUGUGGCUGGGGAGGCUGGACCCUCAGCAGCUUCUGGGGUCCUGGUACGUGGUCGCCGUGGCUUCGGGGGAAAGGGACUUUGCGGUGGAGAAGGCCACGAAGAACAUUGAGGGGGUCGUGGUGACCCUCACUCCUGAAAACAACCUGAAGAUGCUGGCCUCCCGGCACAGGCUGGAGAGGUGCCACCUGCACACUGUGGAACUGCUGAAGCAAAAUUCCGGAUGGGUGUUCGGGAACCCCUCCCUGGGUGUGCUGGAGUACCGGGUUCUGGGCACCAACUUCAGAGACUAUGCCGUGGUGUUCACACAGCUGGAGCUGGCGGACGAGGCCUUUGGCACCGUGGAGCUGUACAGCCGGACAGAGCUGGCCAGCCAGGAGGCCAUGAGCCUCUUCACCAAGUGGAGCAAAGGCCUGGGCUUCUUGUCUCAGCAGCAGGCCACGCUGCAGAGGGACCUCACCUGUGCACACAAGGCCUUCCAGGUGAGCAGCCUUCCCGAGCACCCCCGGCUCCUGGGUGGUGGGAGGGGCCUGGGUCUCUCGGGGCCCCUUCUUUCCAGCGGCCCUGCUGCCGUGCAGGCUGGGGGCCGGGGAAGCUGA